AUGUCAUGCGGUAGAAUCAACAAUGACGCAACAGCGGGUGCAUCGGAGAGGCCGAUGGGCAUUUUGCGAGACCCUGUGUCCAGCGCAGAAUCACCAUUGAAUAUGAGCCUGACACAGGCUUGGGCCCUCCGCUUUUCCCAAGUAGCUCAUUCUUCCCCAUUAAGCACGCAAGAAACAGCAGACACUGGCGAUCCCCGUCCUCGACCGGCUCAUGAAAUCAGAACCAUGCACCGCACUUCCUGUAUUGCUUCAAGAUCUAUGAUCGAUCGGGAAAAGCUCAUUGCGAUUCUCGAGUCCGCUUUGCAAAUCGUUGGCGAUGAAAGCUUGGACGACUCUUUCUCUAACGUCGGAAGCGAGGAGGACGCAUCGAAUGAAAGGGGCGUUUGA